CUCAAUCUAUUGAUUGAUGUUUGUACAACUGCUCUGUCCUCUAUAGUGUAGAGAACAGCGUCACAUGAUCAUCAGUAACUUUAGGCCAGGGGCGGACUGACAACUCAUGGGGACCCUGGGCAAUAGGGGAUAAUGGGGCCCCUAUGUCCUUGCCCAAACUCAAAAAAGCCUAUGAAAAAGGUACCAGGGGCAUCUCAUGGGGCCCCCUAGUGACCCCGGGCCCUCGGGCAGUGCCCGAGUUUCCAAAUGGUCAGUCCGCCCCUGCUUGAGACCUUCU